CCGCGUAGAGAGAGAAACCCCGAGAGAGGGAGAGGAGGAGGAGGAGGAGGGGAGAGGGGGAGGGGGGCGAUGUCGGAUUUGGACCGUCAGAUCGAGCAGCUGAAGCGAUGCGAGCCGUUGAAGGAGUCGGAGGUGAAGGCGCUGUGCCUCAAGGCCAUGGAGAUCCUCGUCGAGGAGAGCAACGUCCAACGCGUCGACGCCCCCGUCACCAUAUGCGGAGAUAUCCAUGGACAAUUCUACGACAUGAAAGAGUUGUUCAAAGUUGGAGGUGACUGUCCAAAGACAAACUACUUGUUUCUUGGCGAUUUUGUCGAUCGAGGGUUUUAUUCUGUUGAAACGUUUCUACUGCUGCUUGCUUUGAAGGUUAGAUAUCCAGACCGUAUAACCCUCAUUCGGGGAAACCAUGAAAGCAGACAGAUUACACAGGUUUAUGGAUUCUAUGAUGAGUGCCUUCGCAAGUAUGGCUCUGUUAAUGUCUGGAGAUAUUGCACAGAUAUAUUCGACUAUCUAAGUUUGUCAGCACUUAUUGAAAACAAAAUUUUUAGCGUCCAUGGAGGUCUCUCUCCUGCCAUCACAACAUUAGAUCAGAUCAGAACAAUAGAUCGGAAGCAAGAAGUACCCCAUGAUGGGGCCAUGUGUGACCUCCUAUGGUCUGAUCCAGAAGAUGUGGUUGAUGGUUGGGGCUUAAGCCCUCGAGGCGCUGGGUUUCUUUUUGGUGGGAACGUAGUUACCUCUUUUAACCGCUCGAACAACAUCGAUUACAUAUGCCGGGCUCAUCAGCUAGUUAUGGAGGGGUAUAAGUGGAUGUUCAAUGACCAGAUUGUUACUGUCUGGUCUGCUCCAAACUACUGCUACAGGUGUGGUAAUGUGGCUGCUAUUCUUGAACUGGAUGAGAACCUGGAGAAGAAGUUCCGCGUGUUUGAAGCUGCACCACAUGAGUCAAGAGGUGUUCCUGCGAAGAAGCCCGCGCCCGAUUACUUCCUCUAAGACCUACUGAGCAUGCAAGACCUUUUCUUUCUAUUCACCUUACUCUGCUUAAACGCGGCGGUACACGAGCUCAUUAUAUUCUUGCUUAGGCUGGAGGAAUUACUCCUGGGCCAACAGCUUAUUCGAAUCAGUUCAGCACACACGCCUGCGUGAGUGCGUCAGCUUUUCCUUUCUUUGAUUGGAAAUAUAUGCAUACUUCUAUAGCUCCCAUUGCAUGCUACUAAGCAUGUUUGCAAAGUAAAAAAAAAAAAGAGGGUGGGGAAAUUGUAUUACGAGGGAGCAACAAAGCUGUGCAUGUUGUAAAGGUUUUGACUUGGCCUCUUCUCUGAUUAUUUGGAUAGUAGUAAGAGGAUGUUUGAGAAUGGUAAUUGGUAUGUUGAGAUUGCUCAUGAGGAGGAUUACUCAUACUCUUUUUGAUCUUUGUAGAGUAAACUGCAGAGUUGGUUUGAACCUAAUGGUUGGUAUGUGCUGCACUGUGGUCUUGUGGAGAACCCCUUGAUUUUCGGCGCCGUUUGAGAUUACACCAAAAAAUGACUUGUUUUUUGGUGCGCAUGCUGCGAGAUUGUGCUGUUCAGGUGGUUUUAUGUUGUUUUUAAAGUUUAAGACUCUGAUCUCUAAUUGCCGUAGAGCUUCAGGUGGUUCUGAAGCAGUUUUCUCAAGAUCUUGCCAGAGUAAGGAUAGAUACAAAUUUAAAGUUUAAAUUUGUGCAGUAUGAAUUUUGGUUUUAAUUUGGAUUGCAAAUUUGAGCUUUAUUAACA